CUCCAAUCGCACCAAUCACGACGCUUCAAGUCUAAAAAGGCGGAAUAAACACGGAAGUGGUGGGAAAGGGAAACAUCACAGCAACAUUUGACACGUCGGCAGUGCAGAAUAAGAAAUGGAGGGGGAUUCCGGAGUGGUUUUAGCCACGGAACGAUACGGCUGUGCUGAGACGUGGAGGUAUUUUGCAAAAGAUGGAGUGAUGGAGAGGAGAAGAGUUGGCAGUGAAGCUAAAUCCAUAGGAAACUCAUUUGUUGGCGUUUUUAAAAGCAUCUUCCUGCCUCAAGGCUAUCCGGAGAGUGUGAGUGGCGACUACCUGCAGUACCAGCUUUGGGAUACUGCACAGGCCUUCGCCAGCUCUCUGUCGGGAACGCUGGCCACUCAGGCGUCACUUAAAGGCGUCGGUGUUGGAAACCAGGAAGCAACAGUAGCCGCCGCCACCAUCACGUGGUUGUUAAGAGAUGGAACCAGCAUGCUGGGAAGGAUCCUCUUCGCCUGGUUGAAAGGGAACAAGUUGGACUCCGAGGCCAAGAAAUGGAGGCUUUUUGCAGACGUUCUCAAUGAUAUUGCCAUGUUCAUGGAAAUACUGGCCCCGUUCUUUCCUGCUUGGUUCACCAUCAUAGUGUGCACGUCAGGCGUAUUCAAGUCUGUAGUUGGUGUGGCGGGCGGGGCCACCAGAGCCGCUCUGACCGUUCAUCAAGCUCGCCGAGACAACAUGGCUGACAUCUCCGCCAAAGACGGCAGCCAGGAGACUUUAGUGAAUCUGGCGGGACUUGUGGUCAGUCUGAUCCUCAUCCCGCUGGUCACGGAUAAUCCUGUAUUGACCCUCAGCCUCUUCCUCGUCUUCACGGCCCUCCACCUCUUUGCCAACUACAGGGCUGUUCGUUCGGUCGUCAUGGAAACGCUCAACGAGGCGCGGCUCGCUAUUGUGCUGCAGCACUUCCUUCAAGAUGGAUGCAUCCUGAGUCCAGCAGAGGCCAAUCGAGAAGAACCCGUUUUCUUGGAGUUUAGGAAAACUGUGCCUAUCAAACUCGGUGUGAGGCUGCAGGAAGUUGUCCAAAGCCCAGAGGAGCUCAGUUUGGCUUUGAAGAAAAACAACAACAAGCCCUUCCUGUUGGUCGUCACAAACGGCUACGUGUGUGUGUGUUUGGGAGCGCAGGCAUCCACGCAAGAUGAAAUCAGAGCAAUGUGUCAAGCCAUCUGGAUUAGCAACGAGUUGACUGCUUGCAUCGAACUACCAGAGAAACAUCCAGAUCUCGUGCACGAGAGCCACAAGCUGAUGGACACGGUGUUCAGCCAAUUUCUCCAAGGUGUGGAAGCUGCCGGAUGGGAUGUGAAAAGAACGCUGCUGGACUGGGACGAGUGGAGGCUGGAGUUGAAGACCAAAAGCAGCUGAGAGGUGCUGGUGUCCAUCACGGUGUCGCAUAUCAUUCUGAGAUUUGUAGGCGUUUAUUUAUACAUUAAAACUUUCUA